AUGGGCCACAUCAGGUUGUUGCAUCGGGUCUCGGACCGGUUUGAUUGGUCUAGAACGAAUCUAGCGAAUCUUCGGUUAUUCUGUGACCGAAGCGAGAGAUCCAAAGAUCCAUUAGUUGACAACACAUUAUCCUCAACAUCGAAAACUACACCGCCACGGAAAAAAAUCAAACGUGUAGAGAUCACACGGAAACACCGACAAGUCGAAGUGUCAACGAGGGUUUUGGAAAAUUGGAAGAGUUUUCACUUCACUCCACUUCAGAGAACUACGGUUUUUGAAGAGGAAGUGAAGUUGCAGAGGUCCGAUGGGGGCUUUCACGAAGAAUUGACCGGUAGAAUUGGGAAAAAAGAACGGUUUUGGUUGUGCAAAUUUGGAAAAUUGUUGCUCUGGUUUGAGAGAAUUACGGACUGA